UUGUCCAGUACAUGAGAGCAAAGGUAAUCAUUCACUGAGUAAGACAGGAGAUUAAAUUCAUUUAGAAAGAACCCCAAAACCGAGAGGCAGCAGACAGAAAGAGAACGAACUGCUUUUUACUGUAACGUCUAGAUGGACGUGAAAGAGAAGAUAUGUGAGGGUAACGCAAAUUUAACGGAGGAAAGAACUCUAAAUAUUAAGGAGGAGGACUGUGAUUGGGAGUUUGUCCACCCUAAACAGGAGAGUCUGAGCAUUAAGGAGGAGGAUUGUGAACUGGGGUCAGUGAGUAUUAAACAAGAGGCUGAAGAAAAGUGUGUCAGCAUUGUGGUGCACAAACUUGGAAGUGUGCAGAGUGUUAAGGAAGGUGACCUUCAUUAUGAACAUCAGGAUGGAGCAGUGACUGAGUUUGCCCCUUCAUCUCCCGAAUCUUCUGUCAAUGUAAAGUCUGAAUCAUUACAGCCUGACACAAAGAGGAUUGAGGAAGCUUCAUCUCCUAGAACUCUGGAAGGUCAACCACCACCAAAGAAGAAGUCUAAAAAAAGAAUCAAAUGUCACUGCUGUUCUGAAUGUGGUAAACAAUUCUCUGACAAAAGUAAACUUCAAAUCCACAAAAGAACUCACACAGGAGAGAAACCAUAUUGUUGUUCUGAAUGUGGAAAACAGUUUUCACAAAGAAGCAAUCUUCAGAGCCACAAAAGAAUUCAUAGAGAGAAGCCAUUUUGCUGUUCAGAAUGUGGCAAACAAUUCUGUUACAAGAGUAGUCUUCAGACCCACAAAAAAAUCCACACAGGAGAGAAGCAAUAUUGUUGCCCUGAAUGUGGCAAACAAUUCUUUCUUAAGAGUGGCCUUCAGAGCCACAAAAGCAUUCACACAGGAGAGAAGCCUUAUUGUUGUAAAGAAUGUGGCAAACACUUUUCAAAAAGAAGCCAUCUUCAGAACCAUCAAAGACUUCACACAGGAGAGAAGCCGUAUUGCUGCUUUGAAUGUGGUAAACGAUUUUCUCACAGUACUACUCUUCAAGUACACAUUAAAACUCACACGGGAGAGAAGCCGUUUUGCUGUUCUGAAUGUGGCAAACAGUUUUCACAAAGAAACCAUCUUCAGAGCCACAAAAGAAUUCACACAGGAGAAAAGCCAUAUAGUUGUUCUGAAUGUGGCAAGCAAUUCUCUGACAGGAGUAGUCUUCGAAGCCACCAAAGAAUUCGAACUGGAGGAAAGCCUGUUUGCUGUUCUGAAUGUGGGAAACAAUUCUGUCACAGGAGGACUUUUCAGAUACACAGCAGAAUUCACACAGGAGAGAAACCAUAUUGUGCUGAAUGUGGCAAACAAUUCUCUGACAGGAGUAGCUUGUGGAGGCACACGAGAACUCACACUGAAGGGAAGUCAUACUUAUGUUCCGAAUGCGGCAGACUAUUUUCUCGUAUAAGCAGUCUUAAGAAACACUCUGCAGUUCACAAUGGAGAAAGAGGAAGCGUCGAAGGAGUAAAUUGUUAGGUGAAGAAGGAAGAAAUGGAAUCCUCCCAGUGGCUCAAUUCUUGAGAAGUAUCUUCAUGUGUUGAUCUUGAUUGUGUAAGAACCAUAGCCAGUCUUAUCAAGGUGAAUCUACUCUUAUAGUAUGAAAAUAAACUAAA